ACCAUGAAUUACGUUGGGCAGUUAGCUGGGCAAGUGUUUGUAACUGUGAAGGAGCUCUAUAAAGGACUAAACCCAGCCACGUUGUCGGGAUGUAUAGAUAUAAUUGUUGUACGUCAGCCAGAUGGAAAUCUUCAGUGUUCCCCUUUCCAUGUACGCUUUGGGAAAAUGGGAGUUCUACGUUCUAGGGAGAAAGUGGUUGACAUAGAAAUUAAUGGAGAGGCUGUAGAUUUGCACAUGAAACUGGGAGACAAUGGAGAGGCCUUUUUUGUGCAGGAGAUGGAUAAUGAUCAGGAGGUAAUUCCUUAUCAUCUCUCCACGUCUCCCAUUCUGUCUGAGGGAACUGCUUUAAUGGAAGCUCAGCUGAAGAGGAAUUCCAUGGACAGGAUAAGAAACCUGGACACCAGUGUAUCUUCACAAGUACCACCCCAAGCCCAUGGAUCCCAGCCUUCUACUGAAACAUCUCCAGUCUGUAGCUCUGUGAAAAAAAGGAGGAAGAAGAGGAGGAAGUCUACCCAUAAAAUAGACAGCUUAAAAAGAGAAGACAAUGGAGACACAUCAGAAGAUGAAGACGUGUUCCCUAUAGAGAUUAGCUCAGAGGAAGAAAAAGAACCGUUGGACAAUUCAAGAAUCCCUGUUCCAGAUGUGUUUGUUGAUGACGUAUCUGACAUAAAGGCUCCUGCCGUUUCUACAUUUUCUCAGUCUGCAUCUUACCCUCAUUCAGAUGGAGAAUGGUCACCUCUUCAAAGUAAGCCUAUAGAUUGCACAGGGCAAUCCUCUCUUCUCACUGUUCCAGCAGACGGAGGCCUAUCUAACUCUUGUCCUCAACAAUCUUCUCACUUUUCUCCUACAGACAGCCCAUCAGGUUCACGCCCUCCUACUCCUAAAAGUGACUCAGAAUUGGUCAGUAAACCUAUGGACAGAAGUGGACUGAAGAAUAAUCCCCACAUGCACUGGGCAUGGGGAGAGCUACCCCAGGCUGCAAAGGCCAGUUCUCUGCUCAAAGCAAAGGAACCCAGCAUGGUGGAUGUAAAUCCUUCUGAAAGCACUCACUUUCGGGUCAUCCAAAGUUUACCUAUAGAGGAGUUUAACACUGUGUCUCCUCUACCUACCCUUGGACAAGCAGAUGCAGCAACUGCUGAUGAAAGUGAGCCCUUACCAGCUGAGACAAAUAAGCCAGAGAUAGAGUCUCCAGGAGCAGCUGUACCACCAUUGCCUGCCAAUGAAGAAGUAAAACAGACUGCAACUUGCUCAGCCCAACCAGCUGGCAAGACAGAUUCCCCUUCCAGGAAGAAAGACAAACGAAGCCGGCAUCUUGGUGCUGAUGGUGUCUAUUUAGAUGACCUCACUGACAUGGAUCCAGAAGUUGCUGCACUUUAUUUCCCCAAGAAUGGGGAUAAUGUCCAAAGCAAGAACACGAAUGACACGGGGCCACGGUCUGCCAGUCAGUCUCCGCAGUCAGUCGGGAGCUCAGGUGUUGACAGUGGAGUUGAAAGCACCUCGGAUGGAAUUCGAGAUCUGCCCUCCAUUGCCAUUUCUCUCUGCGGAGGCCUUAUUGACAACAAAGAAAUAACCAAAGAAGAAUUCUUAGAACAUGCAGUAACAUAUCAGCAGUUUGUGGACAAUCCUGCUAUCAUUGACGACCCUAACCUUGUGGUUAAGAUUGGAAAUAAGUACUACAACUGGACUACAGCUGGUCCCCUUCUGCUGGCAAUGCAGGCAUUCCAGAAACCUUUGCCAAAGGCCACUGUGGAAUCUAUAAUGAGGGACAAGAUGCCCAAAAAAGGUGGAAGGUGGUGGUUUUCAUGGCGAGGGAGGAACAGCACUAUUAAAGAGGAAACAAAGCCAGAGCAAGGUAUGAAUGAGAGUGAACUUGCAGGAGAAGACUCUUCACAGAUGAGAAUGGGAACCAG